AUGGAGGUGCAAAUGGUCGAAGGAAGUCUCGAGGAAGGGACCAUGACAGUACGUGGUCCCUUCGAACAUGCCCCAGAUUACAGGUUAAGGAGAGUCGACAGUGGAUAUGGCCCUGGCUUAACUGAAGUACCCAUCAACAUACCAGUCGCAUAUACAUCACCCAGCGAGAUCAACAACGUUCAUGAUCAGUCCACAGCUACUACUACUGAGAACGGUCUACACUCUCUAGCUCCUGAACCACACAUCGAGUCCACAGAAACAGCGCCAGAUAAUUCACAGCCAUUGUUCUCGGCAUUCAGCAAGUACGAAAAGUUGUUCAUCAUAAUCAUGGUGACGCUUGCUUCGUUCUUCUCCCCUCUUUCGGGUCAAAUAUACUACCCCGUCAUGCCAACAUUGGUACGAAACUACCACCUCACCCCGGAACUGAUCAACCUCACAAUCACAACAUAUCUGAUCCUGCAAGGCCUCGCACCGAGCUUCAUGGGCACAUUCGCCGACACCGGGGGCAGACGUCCAGCGUAUAUCAUCGCAUUCACUGUCUAUACUGCUGCCAACAUCGGGCUAGCGUUACAGAACAGCUUCGCGGCGUUGCUUAUCCUCCGCUGUCUCCAGAGCGCAGGAAGCAGCGGCACCGUGGCCUUUGGAUAUGGCGUUAUAGCGGAUAUUGCGACAACAGCAGAGCGUGGGAAGUAUAUUGGGCCCAUGGCAGCAGGUGUUAUGGUUGCACCUGCACUUGGUCCUGUUAUCGGUGGUCUUUUAGCUAAAUUUCUCGGCUGGCGCAGUAUCUUCUGGUUCUUGACCAUUGUUAGUGGAGGGUACUUGGUGUUCUACGUGCUUGCUAUGCCGGAGACGGCGCGCAAGAUUGUUGGUAACGGCAAUGCAGUACCACACGAGUGGUGGCGCAAAUCAGUCUUCCAAUGGUGGUCGAAGAGGCAGGCACAGUCGGGCGAAGAAGACACUGGCGCAGAAGAAUCUCAACAGUUCCCGCAUACGAAGAGACUUAGGUUUCCGAAUCCUCUCAAGUCCUUUGUCAUUCUACUGGAGUGCGAUGCCCUGAUCAUCAUCUCAUACAUCGGAAUCGUGAUGUUCUCGAAUAUCGCUCUGUUGACAAGCACGCCCAAUCUUUUUGGUCCGCUGUACGGAUUCAACGAGCUGCAGAUUGGUCUCUGUUUCUUGCCCCUCGGAGUAAGCUCUUGCCUCGGUGCAGUUCUAUAUGGGAAAGUCAUUGACUACAACUACAAGCGGACAGCCCAGAAUCUCGGAUUCCCGGUGGACCGGGAAAAAGGAGACGAUUUGCGCGGUUUUCCAAUCGAGCGUGCUCGUCUGCAAACAGUAUUCCCGGUAAUGGCCAUCGGCGUUGGAGCAUUCAUCCCAUAUGGCUGGGUCCUGCAGCAAAGAGUACACUUAGCUGCCCCUUUGGUGCUGCAGUUCAUUAUAGGCUUCUGCUUUGUUGCAUCCCUGAACUGCCUCAACACUCUUCUUGUCGACCUAUUCCCAGACAAACCCGCCACAGCCGCGUCGGCAUGCAAUCUUGUUCGCUGCUGCCUUGGUGCUGUUGGGGCCGCUGUCAUUAGCCAGAUUCUGAGUGGCAUGGGAUGGGGAUGGUGUUUCUUUUCUCUAGGGUUGGUCAUGGCUGUUGGGAUGGGGUUGCUCUGGGUCGAGAAUAUGUAUGGGAUGGGCUGGAGAGAGAAGAGGUUGCUCAAGAUCGAACGAAAGAAGGCGGAGAAAGAGGCGAGAGCAGCUGAGAUUCGGGUCGAAGGAAAGGCCGAUAGGAGAGAACAGGAUGAUACUAAUGCUGGAGCAUCAGUUUCUGGUGCUGAUGUUAAUGUCACUGGAGGAACUGGAAGAAUUGAUAAUCGCUCGAACCAGUGA